GGGGCCCCCCAGGCAAUAGGGGAUCAUGGGGCCCCUGUGUCCUUGCCCAAAUUCAAAAAAGCCUAUGAAAAAGGUACCAGGGGCAUUUCAUGGGGCCCCCUACUGACCCCGGGCCCUUGGGCAGUGCCUGAGUGCUGCAAUGGUCUGUCCGCCCCUGCUGCUGGGAUAUCUUUUGUUUGCUGCUGGGGGUAUUGUUGUUGGAGUGAAUCUAUUGUUGCUGGGGAAAUCUAUUGUUGCCUGGGGGGGUCUAUUGUUGUUUGCUGCAGGGGAUCUAUUUCACUGCUUUUCUUGUUAUCAUUAACACAUUCCAUA